AUGAGCGAACUGCAAACAAGUAACUCUACCAGUAACCCAGUGGAUGCUCUUUGGCGUUUGAUGGCGCUUGAUAAUGGUGACGCUGUCUGGUACGCGUUUAUUGGAAUCCUCCUACAAGCCAUGUUGAUUUCCAGCAUUAUGGGCAAAGCAUUUGAAUAUUUCGAUUAUUUCAAGAAAAGGGAUAACAAAUACCUUCUUUGGGGUAUAGCUGGGGGUACCGUACUUGCUCUGGUCACGCUUGGGAUAACCUGUGCAGAGACAUACGUGACAAUUCACCAACAAACACUUGAUACCGCUCCUGCCAUCAGGUUUUUGAUUCUAGGGGACGUGACCAACCUCUUCCUUGGUACGCUGUUCAACCUUGCCGCUUGUAUAUAUUAUUCCUGGAGGGUAUAUAAGAUGCUCGGAAGUCAUCGUUGGACAAUUCCUAUAUUUGGGGUGUGCCUCCUAGCUCAGCUCGUGGCUGCUCUAGUAAAAUUCCAAAUUUGGGGUUCCCUCACGCUGGGUGUGGAUGGGACUCUAUGUAUCAUGAUGACGAUAAUGCUUCUCAGAUCUCGAGAUGGCAUCUUCCACAGAGAAACCAGAUUAUUCAAUAAAUUGGUUUCUCUGAUUUAUGAGACAAUGUUACCGCCCGUUAUCUGUCUGGCGAUCUAUCAAGGAACAACUCAUUUGGCAGGUAAUCCAGUUAGUGACUUUCGAAAAAUCAUCACUUGUAUCUUACCUGUCCUAUACUUCCAUUCCCUUCUUCAUACAUUGGUAGGUAGGAAGAGAAUCAGGGAAAUACUCGAUUCCAACCUUGCAAGAGAAGGAGUCAAGGUCAUUUCCGAUAGGAAUAUAGAUAAUUACAAGGGUAGUAAUACUGGUAAAUUCGAUUUCGCCGUAACUGGACCCCAAGGUAUUCAUUCGGAUUAUGAUGGUGUGGGAGGAAGAGUGUUAGGUGGUAGUGGGAAUGAGAUACCGACAGGGCCUAAAAGCUUCAUUUGGGAUGGAAGGAAAUGA